AAAGUUCAAGAAGUCAGAGAAGUCACUAGGAUAGAACGAAUAGGUGCCCACAGCCAUAUAAGAGGUUUAGGAUUAGAUGAUGCUUUGGAAGCAAGAAAAAUAUCACAGGGUAUGGUUGGCCAGGUAUCAGCUCGUAGAGCUGCUGGAAUAAUUCUGGAGAUGAUAAAAGAAGGCAAGAUUGCUGGUAGGGCCAUUCUCAUUGCUGGUCAUCCUGGAACUGGAAAAACUGCCAUAGCCAUGGGCAUAGCUCAAGCAUUAGGUUCAGACACUCCAUUCACAUCUAUAGCUGGCAGUGAGAUAUUCUCAUUGGAGAUGAGUAAGACAGAAGCUUUGACUCAAGCCUUCCGAAAAUCAAUCGGAGUCAGGAUAAAAGAAGAAACUGAAAUAAUUGAGGGAGAAGUAAUCGAAAUACAAGUUGACAGACCAGCCACUGGAACUGGCUCAAAGGUAGGAAAAUUAACCAUAAAAACAACAGAAAUGGAAACCAUAUAUGACUUGGGUCAAAAAAUGAUUGAAAGUCUUACAAAAGAAAAAGUACAAGCUGGGGACAUCAUAACAAUUGAUAAAGCCACUGGUAAGAUAACAAAAUUGGGUAGAUCUUUCACCAGAGCUAGAGAUUAUGAUGCCAUGGCUGCAAAUACAAGAUUCGUACAAUGUCCAGAAGGUGAAUUACAAAAACGUAAAGAGGUCGUCCAUACAGUAAGCUUGCAUGAAAUUGAUGUGAUCAACAGUCGAACACAAGGAUUUUUAGCAUUAUUUUCUGGUGACACGGGUGAAAUAAAAAGUGAAAUUAGAGAGCAAAUAAAUUUCAAAGUUGCUGAAUGGAGAGAAGAAGGAAAAGCAGAAAUAGUCCCUGGGGUAUUAUUCAUAGACGAAGUACACAUGUUAGACAUUGAGUGUUUUUCCUUCCUGAAUCGGGCCGUUGAGAGUGAUAUGGCGCCAAUACUUAUUGUGGCCACCAACAGAGGCAUCACUAAAAUUAGAGGUACAAAUUAUAAAAGCCCACAUGGCGUCCCUAUUGAUUUACUCGACCGAUUGCUGAUUAUUUCUACCACACCAUAUGAAAAUGAUGAAAUCAACCAAAUUCUUAAAAUCAGAUGUGAGGAAGAAGAUGUUGAAAUGACUGAAGAUGCGCUGACAGUCCUCACCAGAAUAGGCCAAGAAACUUCAUUGCGAUAUGCUAUCCAGCUUAUAACCACUGCCUACCUGGUCUGCCGAAAAAGGAAGGGCAAAGAAGUAGGCAUUGAAGAUGUCAAGAGAGUUUAUUCCUUAUUUCUCGAUGAAAGUAGAUCGACUCAGUAUUUGAAAGAGUAUCAACAGGAAUACAUGUUUUAUGAAACAGGUUUCUAUAAAUUUGUUUAUCGAGUUUAA